CUCUAUACCUGAAAAAGAGAAAUGCUAAUAGUAUGUUGUAAACUCCCAGUUUGGGCAAGCCCCAGGACCAACAGAAAACAACCCUUAAGUCAUUGCGGGUCCCAGAAAUGGUGUUGAACUCUCAUUGCUUUCAAAUAUACUUUUAACUCUUAUUAUGUCAUUAAAAUUACUGUGAAUCGGUCAUUAGUUGGAAAGCGUGUCAUAAUCAUAAAUCACCUUGUUUAGUGAACUAUGCUAACUGCUGUGAGAAAUACCAAGGUGUACCUAGAUGUGGUUACAGCCAUCAAGGAGCUUAAAAUUCAGUGGAAAGGUGGUGUCGCCAAAGUUAGUUACCUAUGAACUUACGAGAAAGGGUAAGGAGUAUCCCAAAACGGUGGAUUCUGAAAUUGUCAGUGAGCUUAUUGUUGAAACAGCCUCAGCAGCUCUCUGGCUGCUCCUAAGAGAGUUCUGUUUUUCUUACCAAGGGACCAGUGAAACAAAAUUGGCUUUAUUCGGUCUGUUGGGAAGCAGACUAGAAUGUAAAAAGUAUUGCAAAAGUUGCCACUCGAGUCCCAACACUAAACCCAGUUGCCUGAGGGAGGGUUGCCCCGGGCAUUUAGUUACAUGAACGCAGUCUAAAUCCAGUUUUUUGACUCAAAGGUAAUCGUGAGCUGGCCGCGGCACCGGCUGCCCAUCCUGGCCGUGAAAGUUUGCUUUCUCUGCCCUGGUCUCAUGACGUCCGUUUCGAAUAGAUCAAGCACUUCUCUGUGGGCAGCUUUCACAAGAGAUUUCGUUUUAUUUAAAGAGAUAUGGGGUGUGCGUGGACUUCCUUCUUUGCCGAAUGGCGGCUUCUACUUCCGCAUAUUCAAAGUCGGCAGUAGAAGUUGCAGAGGGGAGCGCAAACCCGGACUUGGCCACGCCCUGGGCUUCCGGAUUUGGGCACAACAGUUCUCUCCACUCAGAACGCCUCCCCACGGUUCUGCCCCAAACUGCUAUUUUUGCUUAGGCCCUCAGCGCGUUUCCGGUCUCUCCAGCUGAUGGAGAAGCCGGAACCUCAACGCCAAGGCCGAUCCCGUGACGGAUUUAGGUGAGGUCUCGCGAGGUGUCUUUAAAUCUCACGACGACAGCAGGAAACCACUUACCCGCACCGCCCCAAUUCUAACGUCACAGUGGAGUCACUCCCUUGGGCGUUCCUUAGCGUGCGCGUGCGUGCUGCGCAUGCGCACUUACUCUCCCCCGCCCCCGCCAGGGCUUGUCUCCGGCCAGUCGCGCGUGGGUAGAGGCCCUAGGCGGGCGUUGCGAAGGGUUGUUUGCUUGAGUUUGGACCUUGUUACGGCGCGAAGUUCCCUCCUUGGGGCGGGGGAAAGGUACCGCACCCGCUACCUAGGGUGAAUGAACUGUGGCGUGGGCUGCUAAGGGUAGGCUGCAGAGUACCCAGGCCGUGGCCAUGAACUCACCCGUGGAUCCUGGCGCUAGGCAGGCGUUGAGGAAGAAGCCGCCCGAGCGGACUCCAGAGGACUUAAAUACUAUUUAUUCUUAUCUUCAUGGAAUGGAAAUAUUAUCAAAUCUCAGGGAACAUCAGCUUAGGUUAAUGUCUGCAAGAGCACGCUAUGAGAGAUACAGUGGCAAUCAGGUUCUCUUUUGUUCAGAAACGAUUGCCAGGUGUUGGUAUAUCCUACUUUCUGGAUCUGUGCUUGUGAAAGGCUCCAUGGUCUUGCCUCCUUGCAGUUUUGGUAAGCAGUUUGGAGGAAAAAGAGGAUGUGAUUGUCUUGUAUUAGAGCCUUCAGAAAUGAUUGUGGUAGAGAAUGCCAAAGAUAAUGAAGAUAGUAUUCUACAAAGAGAAAUUCCUGCCAGACAAUCCCGAAGAAGAUUUCGGAAAAUUAACUAUAAAGGAGAGCGCCAAACCAUUACUGAUGAUGUGGAGGUUAACAGCUAUCUUUCUCUUCCAGCUGAUCUUACCAAGAUGCAUCUCACAGACAACCCUCAUCCACAGGUGACUCAUGUGUCUUCUAGUCAGUCUGGUUGUAGCAUCGCCAGUGACUCUGGAAGCAGCAGUUUAUCUGAUAUCUAUCAGGCUACGGAGAGUGAGGUAGGAGAUGUAGAUUUGACACGUCUUCCAGAAGGACCUGUUGAUUCUGAGGAUGACGAAGAGGAAGAUGAAGAGAUUGAUCGAACAGAUCCAUUGCAGGGGCGAGAUCUUGUUCGAGAAUGUCUUGAAAAAGAGCCUGCAGACAAAACUGAUGAUGACAUUGAACAACUGCUGGAGUUUAUGCACCAGCUCCCUGCUUUUGCAAACAUGACCAUGUCUGUAAGGAGAGAACUCUGUUCAGUGAUGAUUUUUGAAGUGGUAGAGCAGGCUGGAGCUAUUAUUCUUGAAGAUGGGCAAGAGCUUGACUCAUGGUAUGUUAUUUUAAAUGGCACUGUGGAAAUCAGUCAUCCAGAUGGAAAAGUUGAAAAUUUGUUUAUGGGAAAUAGUUUUGGAAUUACUCCCACUCUGGAUAAGCAGUACAUGCAUGGAAUUGUCAGGACUAAAGUAGAUGAUUGUCAGUUUGUCUGCAUAGCCCAGCAAGAUUAUUGGAGAAUUUUAAACCAUGUGGAAAAAAAUACCCAUAAAGUUGAGGAAGAGGGAGAAAUUGUUAUGGUACAUGAGCAUCGGGAACUAGACCGGAGUGGAACCAGGAAAGGACACAUUGUAAUCAAGGCAACACCUGAGCGUCUCAUAAUGCAUUUAAUAGAAGAACAUUCUAUCGUGGAUCCAACUUAUAUAGAAGAUUUUCUAUUAACUUAUAGGACAUUUCUUGAAAGUCCUUUGGAUGUUGGGAUCAAACUAUUGGAAUGGUUUAAGAUCGACAGCUUAAGAGAUAAGGUGACACGGAUUGUAUUAUUAUGGGUAAAUAAUCAUUUUAAUGAUUUUGAAGGUGACCCUGCUAUGACUCGAUUUCUAGAGGAAUUUGAAAAAAAUCUGGAAGAUACAAAGAUGAAUGGUCAUCUCCGGUUAUUGAAUAUUGCCUGUGCUGCAAAGGCUAAGUGGAGACAGGUUGUGCUGCAGAAGGCUUCCCGCGAGUCCCCUCUACAAUUCAGCCUUAAUGGAGGAAGUGAGAAGGGAUUUGGUAUUUUUGUUGAAGGAGUAGAACCUGGUAGCAAAGCUGCUGAUUCAGGACUGAAACGUGGUGAUCAGAUUAUGGAAGUAAACGGACAAAACUUUGAGAAUAUUACAUUUAUGAAAGCCCUUGAAAUUUUGAGGAAUAAUACUCAUCUUGCACUUACUGUGAAGACCAACAUUUUUGUGUUCAAAGAGUUACUUUUUAGGACUGAACAAGAGAAAUCUGGUGUUCCUCAUAUUCCCAAAAUUGCUGAAAAAAAAAGUAAUCGCCAUUCUAUCCAGCAUGUGCCAGGAGAUAUUGAACAGACAUCACAGGAGAAAGGAAGUAAGAAAGUUAAAGCAAAUACUGUUUCAGGUGGAAGAAACAAAAUCAGGAAGAUUUUGGAUAAAACACGAUUUAGUAUCUUGCCUCCAAAGCUAUUUAGUGAUGGAGGCCUAAGCCAAUCACAAGAUGACAGCAUUGUGGGAACAAGGCACUGUAGGCAUAGUCUGGCUAUAAUGCCCAUCCCUGGAACACUCUCAUCUAGCAGCCCUGAUCUCCUGCAGCCUACCACCAGUAUGUUGGAUUUUUCCAAUCCUUCAGCUGUUGGUUUUUAUUAUAUUCCUGAUCAAGUUAUAAGAGUUUUCAAAGUGGAUCAGCAAAGUUGCUACAUUAUCAUCAGUAAAGACACUACAGCUAAAGAAGUAGUUUGUCAUGCCGUUCAUGAAUUUGGUUUGACCGGUGCAUCCGACACAUACUCUCUCUGUGAAGUUUCUGUUACUCCUGAGGGUGUCAUAAAACAGAGAAGACUUCCAGAUCAGUUCUCCAAAUUAGCUGAUAGAAUUCAACUCAAUGGAAGGUAUUAUUUAAAAAAUAACAUGGAAACAGAAACCUUAUGUUCAGAUGAAGAUGCUCAAGAACUGGUUAAGGAAAGCCAGCUAUCCAUGCUGCAGCUCAGUACCAUUGAGGUGGCCACCCAGCUGUCAAUGAGGGACUUUGAUUUGUUUCGUAAUAUUGAGCCGACUGAGUACAUCGAUGACCUUUUUAAGUUAAAUUCCAAAGCAGGAAAUACUCACUUGAAGAGGUUUGAGGACAUUGUAAACCAAGAGACAUUCUGGGUUGCCUCAGAAAUUUUAACUGAAGCAAAUCAGCUCAAACGAAUGAAGAUUAUUAAGCAUUUUAUUAAAAUUGCACUUCAUUGUCGAGAAUGUAAGAACUUCAAUUCCAUGUUUGCAAUAAUAAGUGGCUUGAACCUGGCAUCUGUAGCACGACUCAGAGGUACUUGGGAAAAGUUACCAAGCAAAUAUGAGAAACAUCUUCAAGAUCUACAAGACAUUUUUGAUCCAUCUAGAAACAUGGCCAAGUAUAGAAAUAUUCUUAGUAGUCAAAGUAUGCAGCCUCCAAUUAUUCCACUCUUCCCUGUUGUCAAGAAAGAUAUGACAUUUCUACAUGAAGGAAAUGACUCCAAAGUAGAUGGUUUAGUAAACUUUGAGAAGUUAAGAAUGAUUUCCAAGGAAAUCCGCCAAGUUGUUCGAAUGACUUCUGCUAAUAUGGACCCAGCUAUGAUGUUUCGACAGAGGAAGAAGAGGUGGCGGAGUCUGGGGUCACUGAGUCAAGGAAGCACAAAUUCAAACAUGCUGGAUGUUCAGGGAGGUGCUCACAAAAAAAGGGCACGCCGCAGCUCUCUACUUAAUGCCAAGAAGCUAUAUGAGGAUGCCCAAAUGGCAAGGAAGGUGAAGCAGUAUCUUUCCAGUCUGGAUGUAGAGACAGAUGAGGAGAAGUUCCAGAUGAUGUCAUUACAGUGGGAGCCUGCGUAUGGUACUUUGACCAAGAAUUUAAAUGAGAAAAGAUCAGCCAAAUCAUCUGAAAUAUCCCCAGUGCCUAUGAGGUCAGCUGGCCAAACAACUAAAGCCCACUUGCAUCAACCCCACAGAGUAAGCCAGGUGCUUCAGGUGCCAGCUGUUAAUUUGCACCCCAUCCGGAAGAAGGGACAAACAAAAGACCCUGCAUUGAAUACAAGUUUACCUCAGAAAGUUUUAGGAACAACUGAAGAAGUAAGUGGUAAGAAACAUACAGAAGACACUAUUUCUGUGGCAUCAUCUUUACAUUCUAGUCCUCCUGCAUCUCCUCAAGGUUCCCCUCACAAAGGUUACACACUUAUUCCAUCAGCUAAAUCUGACAACUUGUCUGACUCCAGCCAUAGUGAGAUUUCUUCACGGUCCAGCAUUGUGAGCAAUUGUUCUAUUGACUCCAUGUCUGCAGCUCUACAGGAUGAACGGUGUUCCUCUCAGGCCCUGCCAGUCCCUGAACCCACUGGGGCAUUGGAAAAGACAGAGCACCCCUCAGGGAUAGGAGAUCAUAGUCAACAUGGCCCUGGGUGGACACUCCUGAAGCCAUCUCUAAUCAAGUGUUUAGCUGUCUCAUCGUCUGUGAGCAGUGAAGAGAUUUCUCAUGAGCAUGUCAUUAUAGAAGCAGCUGACAGUGGUCGUGGAAGUUGGACUUCGUGUUCAAGCAGCUCCCAUGACAACUUCCAAAGCCUUCCCAACCCAAAAAGCUGGGAUUUUUUGAACUCUUACAGACAUACCCAUUUGGAUGACCCCAUUGCUGAAGUUGAACCCACUGACUGUGAGCCCUAUUCCUGUCCUAAAAGCUGCUCUAGAACUUGUGGGCAGUGCAAAGGAAGCCUAGAGAGAAAGAGUUGGGCCUCCUCCAGUUCUCUGUCUGACACGUAUGAACCAAACUAUGGGACAGUUAAACGGAGAGUAUUGGAGAGCACCCCAACUGAGUCAUCUGAAGGCUUGGACCCCAAGGAUGCCACUGACCCAGUUUAUAAAACUGUCACUUCAAGUACAGAAAAGGGCUUGAUUGUGUACUGUGUCACCUCACCCAAGAAGGAUGAUAGGUAUAGGGAACCACCUCCCACUCCUCCAGGAUAUUUGGGGAUUUCUUUAGCUGACCUAAAGGAAGGACCCCACCCACACCUAAAACCUCCAGAUUAUAGUGUGGCAGUGCAGAGAUCAAAGAUGAUGCAUAACAGCCUCUCUAGACUGCCACCAGCCUCUCUCAGUAGCAACCUCGUGGCCUGUGUUCCAUCGAAGAUUGUAACUCAGCCUCAGAGACAUAAUUUGCAGCCAUUCCAUCCUAAACUAGCAGAUGUGACUGAUGCAGAUAGCGAAGCGGAUGAAAAUGAACAAGUUUCAGCAGUCUAGCCUUUGGAUGACCUAUUUGAAAACCACUGAAAGUUAUGGAGGAAUGCGCAGAACCACCUCAUGAUUCUGCAGGCCAUUGCUGACAAACAGUUCAUUGCUACAACCAGUCCAGAGGUUUUAUUCCCUCUACUCUGAGCAAUGAAAUAGACUUGAGUUAUGCUUCCUUUCAUUUACUUUCUGCAGAUGAAUAGUUUCCUGAGCAAUGGAUGCUAUGCCUGGAUACCAGUCUCCACUUUGCACGCCAGAACUGCCUUGGGACCACAGUUACAGAAAAAAUUUAAACUCAGAGUGAUCCUUCUGUAUAUUGCUAUAGAUUUUUCUUUAAUAAGCUAUUUUAAAGAGAGUGGCAUUAUUAUUUCCAAGCCAUAGCUUGGGCUGAAGGACAGAUUGAAAGUAUCUGCCAAUACCAAGGAUAUUCUUGUAUAUUUGAAUAAUAACUUAUUAUUUGCAUUGUUGUGAUUUUGUUUGUAUUUGAGAGCUCUUGUUAGCUGAUGUUCAUGUUUGAGGUCAUAAAAUUGUCUCUGAUCUGACCAAACAGAAGUCAUCUUUACAGAGGUGAUAUGCUUGAUCUACACAGAGAUGUGACUUGAUCUGUAGCACCAAUGCAAUGUAGGUCUCAGUUUGAGAGAAAUAGGAAGCCCUUUGCAGUUGAGGUGUUAGGAACCUGCUGGUCAUGGUGUGGAAAGCCAAAUGAAGCUGCCACAGGGUUUCUUGUCAGUCCUUUGGGAAAUGGGAGGGAGUAGUUUGGGGAGGAGGGUGGGAACCCUAAUUUCCAAAGAAUGAAAUUUUGAUGUUAAAUGACAUGUAUACAAAUUCUUUCUUAAGUGAAAGUUAUGCUGCAUCGAAUUGUAACUAAAAGUAUAGAUCCCACAGAUAGAGAAUGGGUUCUAGAGAGUCCUGUUCUAUAGAAAUCCAAAACUAAAAUCUCUCAUAACUCAAGUAUGGAAUACUUUUUUUAAAGAAAUUCUUAUCAUGGGUGUUGUAAUCAUGAGGAUGAAUUUGACUUUAUGCAGUGUUCUGCAGCAUGCCACCCCCAUGUCUCAUAGCACCAGGUUGUGUCUGACCUGACAUACCCUGCAGCUCUCAGCUGCCUGCAGCAAAAUUUUGUGGGAGAAAGAGGAGCUGGAGUUAUAGAAAUGAUUGUCUCUUGGUUCUCAGUUUUUAGCCCUUGAGAGGACAUACUUUUCCAGCCUCAUGGGCAUGGCACUCUUAAUUAAAAUUUCAGUGACUGUUUACUGGAUGAGGCAGAUUUUUCACAUUUUUGCAAAUAUAAUGUUUUAUAUAUAUUAAGUUUAAUUUUUUCAAUUUUUUUAGUGUAAAAGCAAGUGGAAUUUUAAUAAACUUCUGUAAUUACCAAAAAAAAAAAAAAAGCCAAAGCCAUUAACAUGCACUACCCAGAUCAACUUGCAGCCAAGAUGGGUUUACUUCUGAAUGGCUGUCCGUAUGUGUCCCACGUAGGAUUUAGUUGGUUUGUGGCCUCCCUUGUAGAAAUGUGUUGUCUUUCCCUAGCUGUCUCCGCUGUGUCUUCCUGCGUAUCCCCCUUCAUUUUAAAAUCAUGUAUCAGUUUUAAGGGGUAAAUGGUAGUAGUUCAUCUUUCCCAUCAAAAUGAUUGUCUCUUUAUUUUAGGAAUAAUAGCAUGUCUGAAAAAUUCCUGUGGUAAAAAAAACAUUAAUCUGAAACUGAAGCCUUAGAAGUUAAUCCCAGGUAUGAUAAAAUGAGGCUUGGUGGUUCCAUAGCUUUCUUGGUCCUUUGAAAUGGGAAAUAACCUGAACCAAAAAUCCUAGUUUGAAAGUUACACUUCAGUGAUUUGGCCUAUAAACAGUGGUCCUCUGAUUAUACUUUUUUUCCUUCACUGAUUUACAUAAUUUUGUUUUCAUGGCCACGGCAAAACAAUGUGAAAUGUGUUUUUGCUAUACCCACUUUUUUAUCAAUUCAGAUGUCUACUCUCACCAUUUUAUAUUCAUUUCUCCAGAAAAAUGUGUGUUUUCAUAAUGUCUUUAUUUAUCAGGUCUUUCAAACCAAAUGGAAGCCUUACCUGUCUUUGUCCUUAAUAGUGUAAAUAUCUUGCACAGAGUGUUGAGGCCUAUGGUUUUGGACUUGUACCUUAUAGCUGCCUUUGUUUUAUCUAUCUAGCUUUAACUGUGAGUGUUCAGAUCAGCUGAUCACAUUGAUCAGGAGCCAAAGCCAAAUGCUUUGUAGUUUGUUAUGUAUGUAUCCCUUAAAAAAUCAUGAGGUUUUGAUUUUUCUAUUUUAACUAAGGGUACCUUCCUGCCUUCUCUUAGUUUGUCAUAUGACUAGAACAAGAGAAGCCUUAACCUGCAUUUACUCUAAUUCCAGAUCUCCAUUUGUUUUUAUUUUAUUAAUUUAUAAUUUUAAUGAAGAGACUAGUGCCCUCUCUUCCCACGACAACUCUCAAUCUGCCAAGACUGUUGAAGCAGUUAACCCUCAGUGCAAACUUUUGCCAAAUAGUAAGUUUCAACAAAAUACCUUUAUAGUGAAAGAUUUUGAGAAUUAGUAAAUCCAGUACAUGAUUCCAUAAAAGCUUAUUAAAGUUAAUAAUUCUCAUUUACUCCAGAUGGUUACUUUCAAUAUGAUCUUUAGGGAGAAAAAGCCUUUAGUGAAUUUUCUUGAGGGUGAUAAGUCACAUCAUUGCGAUCUACAUCACCUCCUCGAGAAUCUCUCCCAGGCUGAAAAUGUGAUGAUAAUCAUGGGUGUUUUUAAGAACAAAUCCAAUUUUUAUCAAGUGCUCUUUCCUCUACAAAAAAAAGGGAGGAGGAGAAGAAGCUUCCUUAAAACAAUGAUUAUUUUGAUUCAAUUUUAAGUUUCUACAAAAGGUAAUGUUAAAGUGUAUGUAUGCCUUCAGCAUUACCUUGAAGGCUAGAAAAACGGCAUAAAUCUUCAAAAAAGUGUCACAGUACAUGUUCAAAUUUAAACUUAAAUCCUGGUUCAUCUUUGGCUUUUGUUGUGCAUUUUUAAUGCUUCUUUGUUUUUGGUACACGGAAUGCAGUUGAACUUGAUCUUUUAAAAUUGAGACAUGUAAGCUAAUCAGCAAAAGACAAAAACAAAACUGCACAUCUGUAAUAAUCAGAUAGCAAUUCUGCUGCACAAUUCAUUGAUUGUAAGGUAUCCUGUAACAAGCAAUGUUUGUCUCCUAUUUUUUGAUACCUCUUAAACUUACGUCUUUUAGAAAGACAGUGCCUCUGUAUGCUUUUUGUAUUUUUACUGAGUGUAAAUAUUUGUUAUAUUUUUGGUUAAGAGAAUGUAAAAAUACCAUUUAUUAUUAUCAGAUAUUACUAAUACAUUGGUGGAAUCAAUAAAGAAUCUACAUUAA